ACGUAAUCAUCGUAGAUUGUAGUGAACUUAUGAAUAGUUUCGGGUUUGUCUAACUCUUGGUUUGUUUAUCAGAUGAUCUACUACCAUUAGAAAAUGACAAUGACAUUCUCAAGAUGGCCCAAGUUCUUUAUGUGCAUAGAGUGGUCCAUGUGUUUGUGGAACAGGUUGAGACAUGUGACAUAGUUGACGAUCAUGAUGAAGACCAACAUGAUUUUGAAUUUGAUGAGGAAUUGGUGCAAUUGCUUGAUGUUAGCCUUGAUAGUGACAAUGAUGAAUUUGAAGUUUUGGAUUCUAGAAACCAAGUACAACAAGAAUUAGAGGUACCUGUUGAGAUUGUAGACAAUAAGACAACUAGUGAGGAUGACCAUACUGCAACUAAAAGUGCUACAAACAAAAGGGUCCACGAAGAAGGGACAAGAAAAGAAGAGUUUGAAGGGAAUUACUUUGAGGAGUAUGCUACUUUGUUAGGAUACAACGAUGUUCUUGCUGGAAAAAAAUCUAAAAAACAUCAUUUCAUGUUAACUACAAUAGUUGUUGAUAGUGAAUCCAAUGAGACAUGUGGUUGGUUUCUCUACCACUUGAAGAAGGAUUUGAAGUUGCAAAAUGGUAGCAACUUGACAAUUGUUUUAGACCAACACAAAUGUUUGAAACUUAAGAUUGAUACCAAUCCAAUGACUGAGUUGAGAGAGUUAAAGACAAGGCUCCAGAGAGCUUAGGCUUAAUGUCUACACCAGCAUGAUUGGCUAAAGCAAAAGAAAUUGUGUUAAAGGAGUUGGAGGGGAAUUACUUUGAAGGGUAUGAUUAUUUUUUAGAAUUGAAACUGAUAUGCUUUAGCUUAGAGACUGCUGAAACAAAGCCAUUGAUUGUUUCAUCUUCAACUUCCAUCAUACUGGGAGGUUCAUCCUUACCAUGAAAAGCUUGUUUACAAUGUUGCUUCUGCCUCUGUUUCUUGGAUGGCCUGGCCUUCUUGAAGAACUCAAACGAAGUGGGGAAUUUGUGCUUUUCCACCAGAUGUUGCUGCCAACUUUUGAAGCUCUUGAACUUCAAACCACAGCCUUCCACAAGGCACUCAUCCCGUCACCCACAAAUAGAGGAAGAUUAUUCAU